CGUUUGGCAGCUCUUCCUGGCAGCAGGCAGCCAUCUUGCCGGGAGCCUGAGAGAGGGAAAGGAGACACAAGGAAAGGGCGACACUGGUCUCAGGGCCGCCCCGGGGGCCUCAAGAGCCGGAGGCAGCCCCGGAGGCGCCCGCGGGCGGAUACGGCGGAAGAGGAGGCCGGGUAAUGGCCGCGGUGUGGCAGCAGGUCUUAGCAGUAGACGCGAGUUUCGGACACAAUAUAUCCGACGGCGCAGCCAGCUACUGCGGGAGAAUGCUAAGGCUGGGCACCCCCCAGCACUGCGUCGGCAGUACCUGAGACUGCGUGGGCAGCUCUUGGGCCAGCGCUACGGGCCCCUCUCCGAACCAGGCAGUGCUCGUGCCUAUAGCAACAGCAUCGUCCGCAGCAGCCGCACUACCCUUGACCGCAUGGAGGACUUUGAGGAUGAUCCUCGGGCCCUGGGGGCCCGUGGACACCGCCGUUCUGUCAGCCGAGGCUCCUACCAGCUGCAGGCACAGAUGAACCGUGCUGUCUAUGAGGACAGGCCCCCUGGCAGCGUGGUGCCCACAUCAGCAGCAGAAGCAAGUCGAGCCAUGGCUGGAGACACAUCGCUGAGUGAGAACUAUGCCUUUGCGGGCAUGUACCAUGUUUUUGACCAGCACGUGGACGAGGCAGUCCCAAGGGUGCGCUUCGCCAAUGACGACCGGCACCGCCUGGCCUGCUGCUCACUUGACGGCAGCAUCUCGCUGUGCCAGCUGGUGCCCGCUCCACCCACUGUGCUCCAUGUGCUGCGGGGCCACACGCGCGGUGUCUCCGAUUUCGCCUGGUCCCUCUCCAAUGACAUCCUCGUGUCCACCUCACUCGAUGCUACUAUGCGCAUCUGGGCCUCUGAGGACGGCUGCUGCAUCCGGGAGAUCCCUGACCCUGAUGGCGCUGAAUUGCUCUGCUGCACCUUCCAGCCAGUCAACAACAACCUCACUGUGGUGGGGAAUGCCAAGCACAACGUACACGUUAUGAACAUCUCCACGGGAAAGAAAGUGAAGGGUGGCUCCAGCAAGCUGACAGGCCGCGUCCUUGCUCUGUCUUUCGAUGCCCCUGGCCGGCUGCUCUGGGCGGGCGAUGACCGAGGCAGUGUUUUCUCCUUCCUCUUCGACAUGGCCACAGGGAAGCUGACCAAAGCCAAGCGUCUGGUGGUGCAUGAGGGUAGCCCUGUGACUAGUAUCUCCGCCCGCUCUUGGGUCAGCCGCGAGGCCCGGGACCCCUCACUGCUCAUCAACGCUUGCCUCAACAAGCUGCUGCUCUACAGGGUGGUGGACAAUGAGGGGACCCUGCAGCUGAAGAGAAGCUUCCCCAUUGAGCAGAGCUCACACCCUGUGCGCAGCAUCUUCUGCCCCCUCAUGUCCUUCCGCCAGGGAGCCUGUGUGGUGACCGGCAGUGAGGAUAUGUGUGUACACUUCUUUGACGUGGAGCGGGCAGCCAAGGCUGCAGUCAACAAGCUGCAGGGCCACAGCGCCCCUGUGCUGGACGUCAGCUUCAACUGUGAUGAGAGCCUCCUGGCUUCCAGUGACGCCAGCGGCAUGGUCAUCGUCUGGAGGCGGGAGCAGAAGUAGGAGCCUCCCGGCCCCGCCACGUCCACCUUCCCACCCGGCCCACGCUCCAGCCUUGUGUUCAUAAAUAAAGUUCCUAUGCUUCUGCCGAUGGCUGGCUCCCAGGGCUGCUGGGGGCAGGAUAGUGGAGAGGGCAGCUCUAGGACCCAAGAUGGCGUGGGCUUCACUUAUUCAUUCACUCAUGCAUGUAUUGGUUUAUUCCUUCAUUCAACAACCAUUUACUGAAUAUCUGCCAUGUCAUAGGCACCACUUUAAGUGUUUUACAGCCAUGCAUUGGACACACAUUACCGAGUAUCUGCUGUGUGCCAAGAACUGUUCUAGGCUCUGGGGGUACAGCUGUGACCUAAACUGACAGAAAUCCCUGCCCUCCUGGGGCUCACUUUCUAAUGGAAGCAGGUAGGUAACAGAAAUACUUACUAGGUCAGCUAAAAAUGAGUGUUGUGAGGAAAAAUAAAGUGAGGACAGGAGAUACCGUUGCAGGAGUGGGAGGUUGGGCUCUUUUUGAGGCUGUGAUCAGGGAAGACAUUCCUGACUGUUAAAUUCAAACAGACCUGAACACAGCAAGAAAGGGAGCUCCAGCACGUGGGGGAGAACAACAUUCCAGACACAGAAAAGGCAGUGCAAUGGCAGUGAGUCUGGAGGGUGCCGGAGGGGUGGGUAUAGGGGCUGUUGUGAGAGGCGAUGAGGUUGGCUAGGCCUGAUCCUGGAAGGUUCUGUGGACCACGGUGAGAACUUAGGCUUUUUGUCUGAGUGAGGGGUGAGUGCCUGGACAGUUUUGAACACAGGAUUCCUCUGGGUGCUGUGAAGAGAACACACUGGGGAGCGAGGGUGGAAGCAGAGGGACCAGUGAGGAGACCCUGCAGUAGUUGAAGCAAGCAUGACGGGGGCCAGCGCCAGGGUGCGGGCAGUGGUGGGACUGAGGUGGUGAAUGUUGGCUUCUACCACAAGUUUUCAUCCUAUCAGUUUGCAGGGCUCUGCUGCCUCAGUGAGGCCCAGGCUCCCCCUCACCCCAGGGCAGCUGCUGCCUGGCCCCACAUCUGUCUGUGCAUCGGGUUGUUGCACAGACAGGCAUGGAGCAGAGGCCUUGGAAUACAUGCCGGUGCGGGACCAACCAUGGGCUCAAAGGCUGAGCGAGUGGCUUCUGCUUGGAGUGGGGGGAAUGGGACUUGUCUCCGCCCCCAGAGGAAGCUCAAACCGCCCAUACCGCCUAUCAUGCCCAUUCAGGGCCCAAAGUCAAGGUCUGGAACUGCUCAGAGGCUACCGAAUGAUGUUUAGUAUUUGAGGGGAGCCCUGAAUGAGGAGAGAAAGCUUGGAGUAUAGAUGGGGAUAGAGAACCAAAAUCCCUUGUCAAUGACCUGAGUCACCAGGAAAUGUCCAAGUGGCCAGAAAUGUCUGAGUCUCUUGGUCCAGCUGCCCCCUUCCCUUCACCUCCAUAGGUUGACAUGUUCAGAUGCAUCAGUGGGAAGUGCGGCUAUUACCUUGAGACCUCAUGGUCAGUCCACAGAGGCACGGAGACUCCCACCUGGCCCCACAUUGUUGAGCUGCUGAAGUAACACCAGCAGUCUUGUUGAGGAAGGAAAAUAAUCUGCUUGUUCAAGCCACUGUUAUUUGUGCAGUUACUUCAUCUAGAAGCAUCUCUACCUGAUAGAGCAGGUCCUUGAAAAAUGUUUUGUUGUAAUGUCAAUGAAAUGUCAUAGCAACUUAACUCUUCUAUCAAUUAGCUUAUGGUAAACUUGAUUUCAUGAUAUGUCGUUUCGCUUAAAGUCCAGACCCUAUCGACAAUCUGAGAGACUUUAAGGUAAAUGGUGAUGAGAUGGGGACAUCAGAGGUCUGGACUGUUCAUGAUCAAGAUCAUGCGUGCAUGUGUGUUGAAGGUCCUCAAGACCACCCAGACUCAGUGAUUUGCUAAAAGGACUCAGUCUCAGCAUAUACAGGGCAAUGAUUUCCUGCAGCAAAAAGAUACAGAGAUCCAUCAGCAAGGGAAAAUGCCCAUGGGGUGAAGGCCAGGGGAUACCAGGCACAAACUUCCAGGGAUCCUCUCCCAAUGGAGUUGAACAGGACAUACUUAAUUUCCCCGGUCCUGGGUUGUGACAUGUGGGAAGCAUUGCCAACCAGGGAAGCUCCUUAAGAGACUCAGCAUUCAGGGUUUCUAUUGGCAGCUGGUCACCUAGGCAGCCCCUUCGUGGCACAAACACAACUUGCAGACUCCGAGAAGGGAAGCAAGUGUUCAGCAUAAACCACAGUGCUUGUAUGAAUAGUGAGAGAAUGGUGGGAACCCUUCUGAAGUCUUAAGUUUCCAGAUGGCCAGCUAAGGGCCAGCCUUGAAGCAGACCUUUCCGAGGACAGUGCUCUCGGUUAACUGUUCUGCCCAGGACGCAACACCAAAAAGAUGCUCGGUUUCAGCGAAGGUCAGUGUAUGGGCAAGAUCAUUUGGGAGAACUGAAUUUUUCUCUUAACACUUUCUUUUCUUCACAUUCUUCAUGUUCUUUACUGAGUCUGGAUUCAAGAUGGCUGAUUAUGGAUAUCGUUAUACAUGACUCUGGGGGUGUUCUCAUUGUGAAAUUCUGAGGUGGCAGAGCUGACGUCCUGUUUUAAAGUCGUCUUCAUGAUAUCUUUUCUUGACUUACAACCUAAGGGGAAAUAAAUAAUGAGCCUAUAGUAAAACUAAUCUUAUUGGUCAAAUUUGGGCCUCUGUGAAUUUAUCAGUCAUCAGUGUGCCUCUGGGUAAACAUCAGAUUUGGAACUCUUAACCAUUCUGCCAUCAAUGCCACUAUAGUCUUGCCUCAAAUCCAGGCCUCCAUUAACUGUUCCAUGUUUUUUGUCUGAUGUGGAAUCUUGUGUUUUUACUUCAUUAAAAGCCUUUCUGGUCUGAGCUUGAAACUGGGCCUUAGUCAACUAUUACCCUAUUAGUGCAACUGACCACUGGUCAGUUCUCACACCAGCGCCUCUCUGUGAUGUUCUAUCAGCUAUAGUCCUCUAAACUGACCUUGAAUUUUGGGAUUCUGUUCAUUGCGAUCAGUGCCCUUUUGCUCCCUUGCAACCUUGAGG